ACAAGAAGGUAACGCUCGUUUCCAACUUAACUGUUUACCGUUGUCAUUUAAAAGAUUAACAAUGUCGUUUGUAAAGACCGUGAAAACUAUUGUUUUACUAUCUUUUCCUAAAAAAAUUUCAAAUUUAGCAGUUCCUAGGGUGGCAAUGAAAAGUAGUGUAAUAAAACCUAGUGUUUAUUCCUCAGUUUUUCUUCCAACAAGAUCAAUGGCAGAAGGACAAAAAACGAAGACAGUUGCAAUUGAAGAGCUGCUUGCUCUUGCUGAAAAAAUGUCCGACCCUUCGGUCAAUGCUUUAAUAAUUGAUGUGAGAGAGCCAAACGAAAUUAGUGAAACGGGUAUCAUCCCUGGUGGAGUUAAUAUCCCUUUAGGAACUGUGAAAGCCGCUAUGGAACUGCCUCCUGAUGAAUUUUUAAGCAAAUAUGGAAAGAAAAAGCCGGAUUUGGAUACAAAAAUUAUCGUGUCCUGUCGUUCCGGGAAAAGGAGCACUGAUGCUUACCAGUGCCUAGAAAAACUUGGUUAUACAAACUUGCUCAACUAUGAUGGUGGAUGGCUGGGCUACGACAAAUACAAAAAAGAGAAGUGUUCAUAAAUAUUUACCUAUGAGACAUUAUUUUAUGUACAAAGUAGUGUAACAAGAGAAUAUAAAAAAUACAAAAA